CUGAAAAACUUGUUGUUGUCUGAAAGAUGGCGUCUAACGUAGAGGCCCCGGAGCGCUGGUACCUCGCCCUUCUCGGCUUUGCGGAACAUUUCCGAACCUCCAGUCCGCCCAAAAUACGACUGUGCGUACACUGCCUCCAAGCCGUGUUCCAGUUCAAACCCCCGCAGAGAAUUGAGGCUCGGACGCAUCUUCAGCUCGGCUCGGUCCUCUACCACCACACCAAGAACAGCGAGCUGGCCCGCAGCCACUUGGAGAAAGCGUGGUACAUUUCUCAACAAGUUCCUCAGUUUGAAGAUGUCAAGUUUGAAGCUGCCAGCAUUUUGUCUGAGCUCUUCUGCCAGCAGAAUUUGGUGGACUCUGCAAAGCCUCUGCUCCGCAAAGCCAUCCAGAUCUCACAACAAACACCGUAUUGGCACUGCAGGCUGUUGUUUCAGUUGGCGCAACUUCAUACACUGGAGAAAGACUUGGUGUCAGCAUGUGACCUUUUGGGAGUUGGAGCCGAGUAUGCCAGAGUGGUGGGCUCAGAAUAUACUAGAGCAUUAUUUCUUCUCAGUAAAGGCAUGUUGCUGCUUAUGGAGAGGAAGCUUGGAGAAGUGCAUCCUCUUCUCACACUAUGUGGGACUAUCGUGGAAAACUGGCAGGGGAACCCCAUCCAGAAGGAGUCGCUGAGGGUGUUUUUCCUGGUGCUGCAGGUCACACACUACCUGGAUGCUGGACAGGUGAAGAGUGUGAAGCCAUGUCUGAAGCAGCUGCAGCAGUGUAUCCAGACCAUCUCCACACUCCAUGAUGACGAGAUCCUGCCCAGUAAUCCGGCUGACCUCUUCCAUUGGCUGCCCAAGGAACACAUGUGUGUCCUUGUGUAUUUGGUGACGGUGAUGCACUCCAUGCAAGCAGGCUAUCUGGAGAAAGCUCAGAAGUACACAGACAAGGCCCUGAUGCAACUAGAGAAACUAAAAAUGUUGGACUGCAGUCCCAUCCUCUCUACCUUUCAAGUCAUUCUACUGGAGCAUAUCAUCAUGUGCCGACUUGUCACAGGACAUAAGGCAACUGCGUUGCAAGAGAUCUCACAGGUGUGUCAGCUGUGCCAACAGUCUCCCAGGCUAUUCACCAACCACGCUGCCCAGCUUCACACACUAUUAGGUCUGUACUGCAUCUCAGUGAACUGCAUGGACAAUGCAGAGGCACAGUUUACUACAGCGUUGAGGCUCACCACGCACCAGGAACUGUGGACGUACAUUGUAACCAACUUGGCCAGUGUCUACAUAAGGGAAGGAAACCGACACCAGGAGCUGUACAGCCUCUUGGAGAGAAUAAACCCAGACCAUAACUUCCCAGUAAGCUCCCACUGCCUCCGUGCGGCAGCCUUCUACAUCAGAGGACUCCUGUCCUUCUUUCAAGGACGAUACAAUGAGGCAAAGCGCUUCCUGCGGGAGACCCUGAAGAUGUCCAACGCUGAGGAUCUGAACAGGCUGACUGCCUGCUCCCUGGUUCUGCUGGGCCACAUUUUCUACGUGCUGGGCAACCACAGAGAGAGCAACAACAUGGUUGUACCUGCAAUGCAGCUGGCCAGUAAGAUCCCCGACAUGUCAGUUCAGCUCUGGUCUUCGGCUCUGUUGAAAGACCUGAACAAAGCACUUGGGAACACUAUGGAUGCCCAUGAAGCUGCCCAGAUGCACCAGAACUUCUCCCAGCAGCUCCUACAGGACCAUAUCGCAGCCUGCAGCCUCCCUGAGCAUAACCUCAUCAGUUGGACAGACGGCCCGCCUCCUGUCCAGAUCCAGGCCCAGAACGGGCCAACCACCAGCCUGGCUAGCCUGCUAUGAGCAGCCUCCCGUAUGACUGCAGCUGGUGUUUUAUCACAGGCAGCAAAUGGAUGCCGAUUAACCUGCUAUUCAGACCACUGUAGCUUGAAAGGAUUUUAACAAUUGAUUGUCUGUGCUUUUCACCUUUUUGUAUACUCAAAAUUUCUUCCUCAAAUUGUUCAAUGUCACGCAGCAUCAGCCGUCUGAUGUUCAUGUUUCAUCAUCUUUCUUGACAUGGAUGCUUAUGGGGCACAAGUGCAGGACUUCUAUCUGUCUGCCAGGAUUUAUUUCCAUUUGUUGGAAAAGGUGGGUUUGAUAAAGGGGUGAUGCAGAAACGGAGAAAUUAAUUUAUUCUUGUCACUUUCAAACUGAUGGUAAAUAUUUAACUUCUGGCAUUUUUGGUAUGAAGGGUUUGUUUUAUGCAUGGUAGUUACUAACGCAGGUUCCCCAUUUUCUGAUCCUCACCAAUUGAUCUCUCUUUUUUUUUGCACAGAAUGUGCAAAUAAUAUAAACAGCUUAGUUUCGCAAAAUUUGGAUUUGAAAAGUGUAAUUCUGCAGAAGUUCAGUUAUUUUGAGGCAAUGUGGAGAGUGCCUCUUUUAGGUCUGCUGUUUUGAACUACUUUAUCUACCUGAAUGAUUGGUUUGAUAAAGCAUUUACCUGAUUUAUUUUUCCAAGUUCCAUAAUAUAUACAUAUAUAUAUAUAUAAAAUUUUCAUCUGUUUUAGAGAUAUCAAAUGCUUUUUUGUUAUAUGUUGUCCUGAUAGUUUGAUUACAUUUUCCCCUCACUAUGUCUGUUUAGAUUUGCCACUCGAACCUUUUACUGUACAUUAACAUUUUAUAAAGUCUCUAGUAAGGUGUGAUGAUAUUUUAGUCAUUCAAUGUAGGCAUAUUGUUGCUUGGUAUUUAAAUUACUCUGUAAGGAUACAGUUGACGCUUAAGUACUGGUCAUAUUUUAUCCAAAUCCUAUGUUUUUAACUUGGUUUUGCUUUUUUAAUAAUUCUCCAAUAAAUAUAUGACUCAUUU